AUGCAGAAACAAAGAAACACAGAGAAAACUGUUCCUGCAGCAAAAAAAAUCAACAAAACUACAGCGGGGGUGAGUAAAGGCAUGCCAGCCCACUCACAUUCCCCAUCCCACUCUGCAGUUAUGCGGCUUAUUUCGCAGCAAAAAUCUUCAUUGGUGGCAGCAGAGAAACCAUCACCCUCCUCCCAUUCCCUCUCGCAUACUUGCUCAUAUGCCAGUGCGGCCGCGACCCACUCGCAGCAAUCUGAGAGCGGCGGGGUCGCGGCUGCAAAUACCGCGAUCACAGGGGGGGUCUGGCAACCACUCCAAGCAUAUGAUCAGCUCGGAGCAUGGGUAUUCAGCUCCCGCGAGUAG